UAGUCGCCUGGUUGUGAAGUAAUAACCAGGCUGAGGCUAAAAAACUAAGAUUCCCAUCGUACUGCCUAGACUGUACAUACAAGCUAAUGCCUAGGAAUUAAAGACACUACUCGCAAACAAGUCGUUAGUCGCCUGUAGAACUUCAAAAGCACUGAAGAGGAUAAUUUACCACCCUAAAGCGCCGAGAAAAGAAUAUUUUCAUCCCAUACUAACUGCUAAGUCUCUUUCACAGAGGUUUUUAUUAAUUACACGCAAUGGGAAACGGAAUGAACAAGAUCUUACCUGGUUUAUAUAUUGGAAAUAUUAAAGAUGCCCGGGACAGAGAACAACUAGGCAAGAAUAAUAUUACUCAUAUUCUUUCUGUUCACGACAGUGCGAGGCCUGUGUUAGAGGACAUGAAAUACCUUUGUAUACCAGCUGUUGAUUCACCAUCUCAGAACCUGAUAAGCCAUUUCAAAGAAUGCAUCCAGUUCAUUCAUGAAUGUCGGCUAAAGCGUGAGGGCUGUCUUAUUCACUGUCUCGCAGGUGUGUCCAGGAGUGUGACUGUAACUGUAGCAUAUGUCAUGACGAUCACUGAUUUUGGAUGGGAAGAUUCAUUGUCGGCAAUAAAAGUGGCAAGAUCAUGUGCCAACCCAAACUUUGGUUUCCAGAAGCAGCUUCAGGAAUUUGAAACUGGUGAUGUAUUAAAACUCAGGCAGUGGCUAAAAGAAAUGUAUGGAGAAAGCUCAAGUGAAGACAAAGAAGAAAUAUUAAAUCUUUUGAUAAAAUUCAGAGAACAGCAAGCAGCCGAAGAGCUAAAUAGACCACAUUGUGAUGCUUCUUAUUCUUCGACCAGUACUUUAUCAUCUGCAUCACACAGUUACACAGCAAGAACACCACUCUGAAAGUUGCCAGUCUGUUGUUUGCAGCUUACUGUUUUAAAGUCAAACCUUGUUUACUCUUAAUUGUUUGACAUUGUGCAAAAUUCCUGCCCACCAUGCAGUUGGUAGCAGCAGGUUAUUCGAUGUAUAUAAUUUUAAUCAGAGGUGCACAGAUACUUCUUGUCUAUGUUGAUUACAUAUGGGAUGACAAACAGUCCACCUGGUUGUACAGUCAAAGAAUUGUAUUUUAUUCUAAAUAUUUGUGGCACAAUAUUCAGUGGUGGUACAAAGACCUGCAGUAAAAUAAUCCCCUCGACUGCUAUGUAGUAUUUUGUCCCUGGAAUGCAUUAACAUGUGCUAUAUAAAGCUAAUGUGGAGGGUGGAGAGUACUGUUAGGGUCAGUAGCUGCAAACCUACUAAAAGGGAGAGAAAUGCACAGUGCUUCAGGGUUGGUUGUGGUGCAUUUAUCACACUGUAAAGAUUAUGGACACCACCAUUCCUUCCAUUUGACACAAAGUUUUGUCUGACAUCUCAAGAUGCAGUAGCCCAUCUGCAUGUACUACAUGUGGUUUCUUUUUCACCAAAGCAGCCCUUCAGUCCAACUGCUACAGACCCAUCUCCUCUUCUACAGCAUCAUGUUUCUAAGAACUGUUUGCAGAUACUUAACAAUAGUCUUCCUCUGUUAUUAUGUCCCAGUGUAAAAUGUUACCUCAUAGCUUGGGACUGCCACCUACCUAGUGACCUCAUGAUCAUGUACCGUACAUUCCCACUUCUGUACAGUUAGAGGGUGAGGUUUGUGUGAACUUUUUUAAGUGUCAAACAGCACCUCAUUUUAUCUUAUCCUAAACUUGGAAGUCCUGGUCUUGUUACUUAACGUGCCUUAUUUGUAUUGCAGAUGGCAUUUAUUUACCAUCUAAAACAUGCAUUUUAAAAAUUCAUUCUGUAUAUUUUAUUGGUUUUGUGGGCUUUCACAUUGACUUUGUUAUGUUUAUUCAUAUGGGGUUCUCAGCUUCUUAUUUAUAAUAGGUUUAAUGUCAGUCAAUAUAGGACCACUGCAAACUGUUCCUUGAAGUUAUAUGUUGUGAUUAUUUUUCAGAAAUGUAAUGUUUGUAUUUUAUAUCAGAUGAAACAUGCUCUAAUACUUAGCAUAUUCUUUGAAAUAUGUUUUGUCUUUAUGACUUUUAAACUAUUUAACUUACUUUUAUUUAAAACAAUGUGCUAUAUACAGAAAGGCUAUAUUUCAGACAUAUGAUGUGUUCAGUGGUGAAACAGAAUUUUGCUUUUACUAAAGAGGGGAAUUUAGGCUUGAAUAAUUUCCACUCCGUUUGGUACUGAAAUGUAGUGUGCAACAUUUUGUCCUUAACCACAGCUACCUAUUCACAGAUGUCCACCCAAAUAAAACAAAAACUACAGAGACUAUGGGCAUGCAGAUAAACCUUAAACUUAAUUUCUGUACCAUAUUGGAGAGACAAGCUUGUGUCUCAAAGAAUGCCCCUUCUCUGGAAGGGACAAAAAUGCAUCCCUAACUCUGUUCAAAUGUAACUUGGACCAGUGGGUGGGAAUAAAAUGGCACCUAUGUCCCUGAUGGACAGGGGCAGCCUGUGAACAAUUGGACAAGCCUAUAUCAUUGCUUUAAAAUUCCAUAGGGUAUUGGCAAAUGUCAGCAAUAUUUUGUUAAAUUGGGGUAAGCUUGGCAAGGCUUAAAAUGGCUGUUGUGCUGAUAGUCUAGUAACCACUUAUGAACCUGUGACCCUAUUUGCAAUAAUCUGAUGAUUUGUACAGUUGCUGCAGUUUUUGAUGUAAGAAACAAUGCUUGUAAGUAUGUUGCUGUAGGUAACAUAGCUUCUGGCUGUACAAUUGGAAAUCAUACCUCUCAACCUCUUACUACAGGAAAUCUGGACAAAGCCAAAAAGAAUUGAGGAAUAAAGGCCCAAAAUAGGGACACUUUUUAAAUAUCACUCUUACAAACUUAGAAAGUUGAUGAGAUAACAGCUUUUGCAUUAGCAUGCAUUUUCUGAAAGAAGUCUGAAACUCAAAUGUCUGUCAUUAUGCAAUGACUGUAAUCAUCAGUGAUUUUCCAGAGAACCCCAAACUUUAUUGGAACAGACCAAAGUUAUGAGACAAAACUCUGGACACUAGAGAGGUAUGCUGGAGAUGUAAUAGUUAACAGAAGUGGUUACUUAGUAACUACUUUCAUAGUAAUUUUGGAAGAAACCACUAUUUAUUAAUACUGACUGUGCAGACUGCCUGUUGCCAUAUUCAUACCCUACCUCCAGACUUGGUGUAUAGGCCUUUCUUGACCAGUGUACAUUUUAGUUUUGCUUUUCUUUCUGAGUUUGUAUGGCAGAAGGUAAAGUGUUUUUUUGUGUGUUGAAACAAUUUCAAUAAGAAAGAAACAGUACAGUACUGAUUUUUUGUUUGUUUUGUAAAACAGGGCUUCAAGCUGUCUUAUGAGUUGCUUUCAAAAAGGACCAGUAAAUAACCUUGAAAUGCACUUUAAUUGUUAGCUUUAAACCAGUGUGCACAAAUACACCAUUGUUCGUAUUUUAUAAGUUUGAAUCUGUCCAUUUUCUUGGCAUUUCUUUAUCCUAGGAAAUACCAGGCAUGUACAUAGCUAUCUGUGCUUGCUAAAUGGAAACUGAUGGCUAAAGUGGUUGUACAAAAUAGGAGUUGUCACUUAAGCAUUCAGAAACUGUAGUUAAGCAUUAUGUUGUGAUACUCUUAAAUUGUGUUCGUUCAAAAUGUUUUUUAGGCAUAUAAUAUAGUCAGAUAUGUGUCUAAAUGAUUGUGCAGCAUAUGCUACACUGCAUUGAAAUGUCUGCAUUUCUGGAAGCAGCAUCACUUGUUUCUUAUUUUGCUGUGCGUGUUUGAUAAAACAAUGCAUAUGUUACACUAAGGACAUAUAAUGAAUUUUAUUGACUUGUCAAAACCUAUCCAAAAAUGGAUUCUUACUGCAUGUGGUUUCUGUCAGUCUACAGCAUGCACACUUAAGGAGCCAGAAUGUGUGUUUCUGGUGGCUGUUGACAGGAAUUGAAAGGAUCAGAAUGUAUCAAAUUAGUUUUUUCUAACAGUUGUACAACACAGUUUUUAGUCUAUUCAUCAGUAUAUCUGGGAAUACAACAUCAUUUUGCAUACUUACCUGCAUUUUUUCUACUUGCCCAAGUGCAAUGCAUAACAUUGGAAAUAAAGUGAAAUUAAAACACACAGUGCACUGUAAUUUUGUCUAGUUGUCUCCUGUAAUGGGUGAAGACUAGUUGUCUGCUAUAAUAGGUGAAGUUGCCUGCAUUUAUAAAUAUGUCUUGUAUUAUUUAGGAAUGAACAAGAAAUGUACAAACUAACAUUAAAUUAAUGUGAAAAAAACCUAAAUGUUGAAA